UUGCGGUCCCUGUGCUAGAGGAAGUCCCGCCUCCCCUGACCCACCGGAGACCCCUGAUUGGCUCAACGAACGUGUCGCUCAAAUAACAGCCAUGUCUGUAUUAUGGCUCAGAUGCGGGAGAGGGGACCUUCGGCUUGACUCGGUUUGACUUCGGGGGAUUAAUCUCACGGUUUUACCUCUGGAGAGCGGAGCUGGGAUCAGCUGGUGCAUCCUCGGAGGAGCUCGGGCCGCGGAGCCUCUUCAUCAGCGGACAAUCACGAUGAGGAAGAUGAAGAUAAUGAUGUUUGUUGUCGGAAGCUGAGACGGCUGUUUGCUUUCACUCGAGCCCUCACAAAUAAAGAGGGGGUUUCUCGCAGGAGGAGAAAAGGCGGUCGGACCCUCAGAGGAUCAUAGGUGCGAUUCAUUUCCCCCAGAGGUUAGACGAUCCCAAUAACAAAGCGUCCAGAUGAUGUCAGGGAAGCAUUUCAAGGCUCAUGAGGUGAGCUGCUGCAUCAAGUAUUUCAUCUUCGGAUUCAACAUCAUAUUCUGGUUCCUUGGAGUGGCGUUUCUGGGCAUUGGCUUGUGGGCAUGGAGCGAGAAGGGCGUUCUCUCCAACAUCUCGUCCAUCACGGAUCUGGGGGGUUUCGACCCUGUGUGGCUCUUCCUCGUGGUGGGUGGCGUGAUGUUCAUCCUGGGAUUUGCCGGUUGCAUCGGAGCGCUGCGGGAAAACUCUUUCCUCCUCAAGUUUUUCUCCGUGUUCCUGGGUAUCAUCUUCUUCCUGGAGCUGACUGCAGGAGUCCUGGCCUUUGUCUUCAAAGACUGGAUCAAGGACCAGCUUAACUUUUUCAUUAACAACAACAUACGCGCGUACAGGGACGACAUUGACCUGCAGAACCUGAUAGACUUCACCCAGGAAUAUUGGGAAUGUUGUGGAGCUUUUGGAGCAGAUGACUGGAAUUUGAACAUAUACUUCAACUGCACUGAUUCGAACCCGAGUCGAGAGAAAUGUGGAGUGCCAUUUUCUUGCUGCACCAAAGAUCCAGCGGAGGACGUCAUCAACACUCAGUGUGGAUACGACAUCCGAGCAAAAACGGACUCCGAACAGCGAACUUUCAUUUAUAUCAAAGGCUGCGUCCCUCAGUUUGAGAAGUGGCUUCAAGACAACCUGACGGUAGUGGCAGGCAUCUUUAUUGGGAUUGCGUUACUACAGAUUUUCGGCAUUUGUUUGGCGCAGAAUCUUGUGAGUGACAUUGAAGCCGUGAGAGAGAGUUGUUUGUUCACCUAAGACCUCCACAGAGUCACCAAAGGCAAGACGGAUGUACCAGGACUCAACAGUUUGGACACCAACUCUGAACGGAAAUCAAAUCAAUCAGUUAAUGUGUCCAGCAAAGACGAGCCUCUUUCAUAUGUACAUAGUAAAUUUUAGAGUUAUUUUUAGAGUUAUCCGUGGCCUGUUUUUGAAUGAAGAGCAACCUCUGAAAUGUACUGUAGCUCUUUAUACAAUAUUAAUGCAGUAUUGGCAGGUGUGAUGUCAUGCAGUGUGGUAGACGAGCCUGUGAUGAUUAAGGAUCUCUGGACAUGUAAAGGUAUAUUGGUCAUUUUCUCUGAGGUAGCACUUCAUUUAUAAAAGGCUCGUGGUUUUAUACGUCUCACAGCUGCAGGUUUUUAACACUGCAUGUAAGGGUUGUGUACAGAGCUGAAGUGAUUCUGGAAAUGCACUGCAUGCCUUUUGUCUACUUGUAGGACAUUGGCUCUCUUAACUGUAUUUCAUUGAUGUAAAGUAUUUUAAAAUAUAUUUGGUUAGCACUUUGUUGAAUGUUUAAUUAGGGAAAUAUACUUAAAGCUACGGAGAGUUUACUUUAAAAUUUUAUUUGCAUAUUUGGGUUGAUCACACUCAUCAUACAGAUAUAUACAGUUUUGUGGGGCUGAGGUAGAAAUCAUGGAUGUCGUAGGUUUGUAAAAUUGCAGUUUGUAUGAGUUUGGCAGUGACGUCAAAUCUUUAAAUAUACUGAAAGAAACAAGAAGAUGUGGCAUGUAAAUAAUAAGUUAAAAAAGAACUCAGCCUUAUGCACUUUAAUCUUCAUAUGAAGUGAUGAUGCUCAUUGCAGCCACUCAGCUUUUGUCACGACUGACUGUUAGUCACGCAACGGCCACUGGAGGGGGCACUUUCCUUACAAAAACAACUUUGAAACUGCAUCUGUAACUUUAUGGUGCUUUAUAUUUGUCAGAUCCAUCUUGUUCAAAAGCAGCCUGACAGAAAAAAAAUGUUUCAGCACAUUUUAAGUGUUGUGCCGUUCCUUGCACAUUUACCUUUAUCCUUAUUAUCAGUGUUCACUCUUUCAUUUUUCUAAAUUUUUAAGAUUGUUGUUGAUUUGUUUCUUUGAUGAAAUCUGCCUAAUGAUGAUGUUGUUUUUGUUGUGGCAUUUUCUUCCCCCCCCGUUUUGAUCUUUAAGUUUUCACUGGAAAAUAACAAUACAAGCUAAUUCUAAGGCUCAUAAAGAAAGAUGUGCUGGUAGCUCCUGAUGAACGUAGAAAUCAUUUAUAAAUACAUCUUGUUGUACUUGAAAUCAGAGCACACGGACGCUCGCACCAGCAUCAUUUUUAAAUGAAAACUUGGAAACUAAGAUACAAUUUAUAUGUUUAGAUUUUUAAACAUUAUAAUCUGCAGUAUAACAGAACUAGGCGUGUUCUCAUACCAGCAUCUAAAAUGCCUCAGAUAAUACCGGGUCAGGCAUCGACAUCGAGUGCGCAAAUCCAUGUAGCGAUGCCACAUCUUUAAAGUAUAUUUGUUUCACUCAGAAAAAAGUGCUAAUUUCUUUUCCUUAAAAUGUAAAUAGCUUGAAUCUGAAGUCCUGCAUUUGGUAAACAUUGCAGUUGUACAGUGUGACCAUAUUUUCUGGCCAACGCUACACUACUGGAUUUCAUUUUGUCAUUCAUGCCCAAUACAACAACCUUGUGUUGUGCUGCCUUGCUGGGAAGUCCUGUUUUAAGAGCGAGAGGAGUGAUUUUGGGUGUAGCAUAGCGUUAGCCAGAGCUAGCUUAUGUCAGCAAUUUGGCAAUAUUUCACACUGGAAAGUUGUAAAAGGUUUAACGGCGACAUGUAUCAUAUGCAGGAGAUCAGUUUUGAGCUGUUUAUGCCCUGAUUUAUUUGUUUGUGUUCUUUUACACUAAUAAAAGAAGUUCUAUGUUAUUUAAUUCUCUCUAAGCCAGGCCAUACAACAAUGAGAGCCAUCAUUACUUUCAUACAGGGUUAGUAGAAUAUAUAUAGAAAAUACGUAUAUAAGUUGUUUUUUUAAUGCACUGCUAUUAGAUCGGUGCUCGGUAAGUCCAGGUAUCAUAAUAUUUGUCGUUAAGGGUAAAAUUGCAGAACAUCUCUAAACAGAACAGCAUAGCAUGGAAGAGAAAGCAGCCUUUUCUUGAAUUAAGUGAAGGGGACCUUGCAGCAGGUUACGCAGCUUUUCCUGAAUAUACACAAAGGAUGUUAACCAGUAUACAGUAUGCAGUUUGAAAUCUUCUGAUCAAUGUAUAAAGCAGCCAUAUGUCAAAUAUCUUUAUUUCCCCACUAAAAAGCUUGAUAUGAUUGUUGGUGUUUACUGAUCUCACUCUUUCUUACCACUCAGUGCCAUACUUGUACCUUCUACAUACUCCUGAUGAUUUUGUUUCAUGUGUAAUCCUGAUACUUGUAAAUGGACAGUGACAAGUUGUAAAUAUAUAUCUU